CGCGUCGCCCAAUGCUAUUGGCAAUUAAGGCCGUGGAGAGGGAUACUACUAUGAUCCCUGGCAGACCGAGCAAGGGAAUUGGUCCCGGCGAUGGCGAUGGAGGGCAGCGAGCGGAGGUCGUUGACGGGACGGGCGAGGGAAGAGUCGGUUGAGGGCGCAAGAUAGGCAAAAUCGUGCAGAAUGCAACAACAGAAGGUGGCGUGGGAGGUGCAGCCCGAGGUGCAGUCUGAGCAGUCCGUUGCGCCUGCGUUCGUUCUGCUUUUCUCGAGUCGCGGAGAACGGGGAAGUUACCGAUAUGUAUGCGGUUGCGCCGUGCUCCAAGUGUCCCUGGAACCCUUGGCUGCGAAGGUUCACUCAGGGCAGCCGCCAAAAAAGGCACGAAUGAGGCAAGCCACCAAUCGACGGAUAAUGGCCCCUUGCCACGGCGAUAUCCUCGUCCAUGCUUGGCAGCAUGCAGCAUCAGCGUGGCAGCCCCUCGGAUACCCAGCGACUCGGCGAGCAACAGAUUUGGCGGAGAAGAAUCUCCAGUCCUCCAGUCCUCCAGACGCCUCCCACCCUCCUCAGCAUUCCCUCACCAAUGGAUUUUACAGCUUCUGUCUUCGUUCGCAUUCUGCGCCACGAGCCCCCCAGGAACGAGACAUUUUCUCUCCUGUCUUUGGCUAAACGGGCCUCUCCCAUCGGCGGCCUCCCAGCCAACCCUUCUGCUCGUCUUACGCGGCAAAAAGAGCAGCGCGGAAACACGAGACGCCUGUGGACGAGUGGCGAUUUCAUCAAGCGCUGAUUCUCCCAGUGUAACAGGCCAUGGAUACACCCGUACCCGCGGAUGCGAUCAUCUGAAGCUUGACAGAUCCCUCGUGAAACGGCCGCUCCAUAUAUAUUUAGCAGAACCGCCCAGUUUCACGCCGUCGAACACCAAUCGAAUGUGUGCCUGAGCUAGUUACGGACUUUAUUUUUUUUUUGGUGAGGGCGCCGUUGAUCGCGCCGUCAGAUUGACGCUUCUCCACUUUGCCUCUAGGAUUUGGGCUCUUUCCAGGCCUGGUGAUCGUUGUUUGAGUAGGUUUGACAUUUGGGUUGGAUUUUGAGAUGUUUUGGGAUGA